GCAGCAAGGAGCGAGCAGCAGCGGAGGAGCCGACGAGCGUCAGACCCGCGCGGACAAUGUGGAUGUGGUGAAGCGGCCGACGGGACACAGCAGCCAGUCACCAGCGAGGCACACCGAGACCCGCGUCGUCCUCCCGUACAGCCGAAGAACCCUGCCGAAAGACCAUCAACAUGGUGUGGGUGCGACGAGGUUUUUGUUUGGUUCUCACGGUGAUCGUCGCCCUGGGACGCGCCGAAAACGUCCUGGAUGCUAUCCGGAACGACGGGGAACUCUCGAAUUUCUACCAGCUGGCGGAGCGGGCGAAGCUGUUCGUGGCGUACAGCGAAGGCAGCGACAUCACGGUGUUCGCGCCCACCAACGAUGCCCUGGACAAGUACAGGGAGAACAAUCGCAACAAGGACGUCCAGGUCACGUACCACGUCGUGUCCCUGAACGUGGCCGAAGAUCACUUACCGUCCUCAGUCCCAACCAUCGCAAAGGGAUCUCCUCAUUUGUUCCUGACAAGGACAAAUGACAGGUUCUUCUUCGUGAACAACGCCAAAGUGAUCCGUCGGCGGGACCUGUCUCACAAUGGCCUGAAGCAGAAGCUUUAUGUGAUCGACGACGUCCUGGAAGCCUUCAUCCCGACCAGUGGCGUCACACCAAGCGCUCUAGAAUUUCUGAAUCAGCCAUCCAUCUACAACCUCAAUCACCGGCUCGUGUUUUUUCACUCUCGCAUCCAGAUGACCCAGGAAGGGAGCCUGUUUUCAGACGAGGGAGCCCACACUUUCUUUGUGCCAAUCGACAGCCAGGACGCCGCAACUCGGGCCCGCGUGGAAAUAGACAAAUACGUGGUGCGUGGUCACGUGAUCAAGGAUCGGCGCCUGUUCAUGAGGACCAUGAGCAACGAGACGUAUCAGUCUGCAGCCUGGGAGGAUAACAUCCGGGUGGAACUCUCCUUGGCCAACCAGUCGGAUUCGGCCGGCUCUGAAUACACACUGUUUGCGCAGAGCAACACCAUGUCGACGGAGCGGCAGCGGCAGAAGGGGGUGGUCCUCUCCAAGAUCAUCAAGCCCAACAUCCCCGUGAAGAAUGGGGUGGUGCAUCUGAUCGAGAAGCCCCUGAUGGUCGUGGACACCUCCAUCCACGACUUCCUGCAGCGGGAGAGGCAUGGACGCCUCGAGGACUUCAUGCGCCUGUUUGACUACUCCCCAGAGUUCCAAAUGGAUCUGGAAGGAACUCAGCCCAAGACCAUUUUCGCCCCCACUAACGAAGCCUUGAAAGUGAUUCCGUCAGAAGUGCUUGAUAGUCUUAAAGCCAAUACUAGUGGUCUCACUAAGUUGCUCAGACUGCACAUGAUCAAGAACGAGGCCAUCUCCUCGGACCAAGUAUUGGACGGUAGGAGGACCGGGAACUUUGAGCGUGAAUCCGCAAGCAGUCGGCGUAUGCUGUACAUGCGGGUCGUGGAACACGAGCAUGGACGCACGCUGACCGUGGAAGGGGGCGGGGUGAAUGCCACUGCAGUGCAGGCAGACAUUGGAGCCACCAAUGGAGUAAUCCACAUCAUCGACCGUGUUCUGGGGAUGCCCUCGCACGCCAUUUAUGAGAAGAUCAACAGUGACCCCGAACUCAAGGACACCCGGCGGUUUGCCCAGCACAAGAACUGGAUCGAGCGGCUGAAGAACACAAACCAGCGCUACACCUUGUUUGCACCCAACGACAACGCCUGGCAUGAUAUCAAGCUGGAAUUCCCCUCGGAGUACAAGCAGCUGUCCAUGGACCAGUUUGGCUAUCAUGCCGAGAAGAUUCUGGAGCGUCAUUUGAUUGUUGGAAGAGAAAUUCCUCAGGCAGAGCUGGAAAACCUCAGGACUAUAGAAACAGCAAGGGGAAAGAUGGAUGUUCGGAACGUAAAUGGCAAGAUCCACCUGUUGUGGGAAGGCAGAGAGGCUGUGAUUGUGCGUCCAGACGUACAGGCCACCAAUGGAGUCAUCCAUGUGAUCAGCAAGGUUAUGAUGUUGCGCAGGGACAUGACUUCGUCGGCAGCCAUGACAGCAACCUCGGGGUUGCUGGUCGUGGCUAUGAUGCUCGUACUCCGGACUGCAAGUGUUUUUUCGAGGUCUCGCUUGAAGAGUCGCAAGAGGACUCCGAUAUCCCCUCGAAGGAAAUUGUUUUGAGAAGUUCUCCCUGAUUUUUGGACGGUGCAAGUUUUGGAAAGGAGCUUGUGCAAAGCUGGGGGAUUGUGUGCAGGAUUGUUGCAGUGAGUCUAAGCGUUGUAAGAAGUGUUCCACUGAUAGAAGUUGCGGUGUAAGUACCCUUGAUAACUCCUGUGACUUGAUCGAAACCUCCCACUUUGAAAACUCAUUUUAUUCUAGGAAAUUUCUGGGCAGUUUCGUUUUCUUUUAUUUCUGCUCAAUAUCUGUCAUAAUAAAAGAAAGAACGAGUGAGAGUUCUUUAAGAUAUAGUUAGGAAAAACCUAUAGAAGAAAAAGGAUUCAUUGAAAACACCCAGGGGUUUGUCCAUACUGUGUUGUGCAUUCCGGAUGAGAAUACAUAGUUGCUAUUCACAGACAUGUAUAAUUAUGUACAAUGUCAAAGAUAUAUAUAUAUUUAUAUAUAUAUAUAUACAUAUAUAUAUAUCACGCACGAAUAAGCUGUCUAUCAAAAUUAUGCUUUUUCUUCCCGAAAGCGAGCAUAUUUUGAUGACGGAGGUCCUUGGUAAAUGUUAAAUGUACAGUAGCUUCUUUUAAUGUUGAGACUUUUUUUUCCUCUGCUCAAUCUGACUGCUAUAUAAGCAUAGUGCAUACAUAAAUAUAUAUUAUACAAACAACUUUGGUAUGCAUCAUCAUCUGUAUUAAAUGCUGUCUCUAAUGUUACCCUGCAGAUGCGCCCGUACCUCUUUUAUCUUAAUGUGUACCUUUCCGUCUUGCCCAUCUUGCAUUGUGGAGGAAGGAAGGUGUGAGCUCUGGCGGACGCCACAGAUGCUGUGGCAGGCACCGCUCUGCUUUUUGCUUACCAAAGACAAAAACGCACGGAGCCCUAUUUACUCGACACGCUGGUUCCAAGCUAAAAACGAGACCCAUUCGGCCCGUCUGCUCGGUUUGCCUCUUUUGUAGAAACUAAAGUAUUAGACUCUGAGAUCGACUACACACAUCCAACGAGCGAUGAAAGAAGCUUUUAUUUUAUAUAACUGUUUGUUGUUGGUUUGCUGCCAUAGUUGCCGCUAUUUAUGGAUACAUAGUAUCUUAAUUUCCUCUCGACUCUGUUGUCUAUCUCUACAGUGGUUGUAUGGAAGCAAUCCGUGCUAAGUGAAACCAAAUCCGGGGCUGAGGGAAAGAUACUGGAAGCACUCUAUCAGGGUGAACAGCUUAGUCGGAGCUUCAGAACACGCUUGUGCAUGGACACCGUGCUGUGGGGCAAGCGACCUCUGCUCCCUUACGAGAGAAACUUGAGAACAACACUGCCAUAUAUUUGAAUGGAUGUCAAAGCUAUUAUAGUGUGGGUCCAGCAUCUAAUUUAACUGCACAUUCCCUCAACCAUUUGCUAACGCUCAUGGUUUACUAUUGUGGAGUAAUGUUAUCAUGAUGAAAGUUGUUUUUGUGCACAGUAUUUGGUGUAAUCGCAACAACAACAACAAAAAAAUAAAAUAGUAUUUGAAAUUACAGGCCUUCUCUAGGUCCCUUUUGUGUUUCGACUGUGCGCCGUCCUAGGCCUCAAAGGUGUGCAAUGAGAGACCGAAAAUUGGGAGGACGUGGCGUGCUUGUUGCCACUGCACGAGAUGGGCGGCUCAUUUUGGAAGAUUGUUGCAGUGUACAUACCCCAUGUGCUCGUGCGAGAGCUGCACCCUCGACUUCGGGAUAUUUUGGGGCAAAAGUCUGGCACAAUCCAACACUCGCUGCUUCUCGGUCGUGCACAGGUGCAAUUUGGAGAAGUGGGAGCUCGAAGCCGCAGGUGACUACUACCUGCUUGGCCGGACUAGUUUCCAGAAAUGAAAAUGGCCGAUGCGAUUAUCGUUUAGAAAAGAGAAUGCGUCAGCCGCGCCGGUGCAGCCGUCGCACGAGUGCGUGCAGUACUUUUUUCCCGGCACACGCCUAGUAUAGACGAUGUCGAGCAGUCUCUUGAAGUGUGCUUUCUCCUUUCGGCGUCUCUUCCGUAUGCUAACACACGUACAUGCAUAAAAAAAAAUGUUUGUUGUUCUCCCCUGGAAGUUUUAUUUUUCUGGAAUAUUUAUGCACAUAAUGCUUUCUCUCGAGCCACCACAAUAUUUUUCUUGCCUCUGUUGUGGAGACGGAUUGUGUCCCUAAGUGUUCUUGGAUGGGCUCUGGAUUCUGGCAAGGAGCGGCUCUCGAAGGCUGGGUCUCGAGCGAGAGUGCACAUACAGCUUCGGAAGACAGAUCUUGUUUCCUCUUGAGUGUCGUCAGGGUGGAUGCUACUCCUUAGUGGCCAGUUAGCAAAAAUGAACCUUGCCAGCUUACUUUCAGCUCAUGUGUAAUUACGAGGUUGGACAUGCAAUAAAAUGCACUUGUCAAGCUG